AAGAGUGCGAGCUGCCGUCUGUACUCAUUCGCCGGAGGAUCGCGAUCACUUCACAUGCACUCUCAUAAAGUCUGAGACGCUGAGAGAAACACACACAAGACGCUGAAGGAGGUCAGAGGGUUCGCAGGGACUGAAGUGGCAUGGCUCAGGGCUCUGACAACAACGACACCAGCUAUACCAAAUCACCCUCACCGGGCAAUAAACAGGGUUCAUCAGACGACAUGAGGAAAGUCAUGAGGAGAGAAAAGAACCGCAUCGCGGCGCAGAAGAGCCGAUUGAGACAAACACAGAAAGCUGACAAUCUACAUCUGGAGAGUGAAAGCUUGGAGAAGGAAAACGCAGCGCUCAGAAAAGAGGUGAAGAGACUCACAGAAGAGGCCAAAUAUCUGUCGACCGUCCUGAGCAAUCAUGAGCCGCUGUGCACGGGCCUGAGCGGCGCGUCCCCGGAGCUGCUGUACGGCGCGCACCACGGAGCGUUCCACCAGCACAUCAGCGUGCCGCACUACCCGCUCUGACCGCCAGAGGCCGCCGGAGUCCCGCACAGAACCCGCCCGGACCCGCCAAUAAACUUUGGUUGAGUUUAAAACCACGUACAUAGUCAUCAUCAUCAGCAGGCAUCUAAGUGAUCUUAAAAACCACUGAGUAUCAAAGGAAUAGAACAAAAUCCUCCAGAUGUAUCGAUUUUGUUGAUAUUUUAGUAUUGAAUAAGUAGUUUUUUUUCUGCUAAAUAUAAUUCUAAAGGAGCAGUUGACCAGACUUUUGGGAAAAAACCAAACAAUCCAAACAUAAUACAAAACUGAAUAAUUAAUUUAGUUCAAUAACAAUUGAAUGACACAAUGAGAAAUCAUGAACUACUGAAAUGUGUUUAAUACUUUGUAUAAAAUUAUUAUUAUUUUUUUGUUAAUGAAAGAUUCAAGACUGCUCUUGAAAGCAAAAUGGAGCUGCACAUAUUGUUCAGGUGUGAUUUUCCUCACAGACUUCAACUGUCUUCAAAUCUUAAUGUUUCUGUGGGUCUUGUCUAUCAACUCUGAUCUUUACUUCUCAAUUGGAUUCGGCUCAGGAGACUGGCUGGGUCAUUCUAGCAGCUUUAAUUUCCUUUCUGAAAGCAGUUGAGAGUUUUCUUGGCUUAAUUUGGAAUUAUUAUCUUAUUAAAAUGUCCACCCUGGUUUCAUCAACACAUAAUAUAGGUGUUUGGAUUACGCUGACGAGCGGCAGGGUUCCUGAAUAACUACACUGUAAAAAAACAUCCAUAAAUUAGCAUUUUUCCAUAUUUUGUGACUCAUGAUUUUAUUGUUCCCUGUUUAUUUAUGCUUUUGAAUUGCAUUACGAGACCUUGGUCUGUCUUUCAACAACUUUUAACCUUGAAAAGUUUGAUAAAGUGACUUUUAUUAACAUUUUUAAUACUUUAAAGGGAUAUAUUGUCUGGAUUGAUU